ACAGAAAGAGAGAGAGAGAAUCAGCAGUGUGUGUGUGUGAGAGAGGUUGAAGGAUCACUUCUAUCCCGUCUUGUUUUGGGGAGACUAACCUUGUUCAUCUGAGCAUUGUGGGACUGUUUUAUGUUGUUGUCAAGAGAGACGGACCCUUACUCCAGCAUGCUCACUGAGCCUGAGCUACCUCAGGAGUGUAACAGGAUGUCUUCCAAGCGACCAGCCUCUCCAUAUGGGGGGACAGAUGGAGAGGUAACCAUGGCAACCAGCAGACAGAGAGUGGAGGACGAGGAGAGUGAGGGGCUAGGUGGUGUCAUCCACCUCCCCCUGGCUUCCUACUGUGGCAAGGUGUCCCCUCGCUCGCCCCCCAGCCGCAACUUGGACAGCCCCCCCAACACAGACCAGGAUGGUACUAAGGGGAACUCUCUGAGUCCUUACCCCCAGCACAUUGCUACCUCACCAGGCAAAGAGGAAGGUGGAGGCAUGGGGCGGGCUUGCAAUGAUGUUGGCUCAGUCACAGGCACCCUGGGGACCCCCGAGAGGCGCAAGGGCAGCCUGGCAGAUGUGGUGGACACACUGAAGCAACGUAAGAUGGAGGAGCUGAUCAAGAACGAGCCAGAAGAGGCCCCCAGCAUUGAGAGGCUGUUGUCAAAGGACUGGAAGGAUAAACUUUUGGCCAUGGGCUCAGGGCACAUCGGUGAAAUCAAAGGUACUCCAGACAGCCUGGCGGAGAAGGAACGCCAGCUCAUGGGCAUGAUUGGCCAGCUAAGUAGCCUGAGGGAGCGGCUAAAGGAGGAGCAGAAGAAGCUGGCCGCCUCGCAGAUGGAGAAGCAGAGGCAGCAGAUGGAGCUAGCCAAGCAGCAGCAGGAUCAGAUUGCCCGGCAACAGCAGCAGCUUCUGCAGCAGCAACACAAAAUCAACCUCCUGCAGCAACAAAUCCAGCAGGUCCAGGGCCAACUCCCUCCACUGAUGAUUCCCGUCUUCCCCCCAGACCAGAGGACUCUGGCAGCGGCUGCAGCCCAGCAAGGCUUCCUCAUGCCCCCUGGCUUCAACUACAAGCCUGGCUGCAGUGACCCCUACCCUCUUCAGCUCAUCCCAACAACAAUGGCUGCUGCUGCAGCUGCUACACCAGGCCUGGGACCUCUGCAGCUCCAGCAGUUGUACGCAGCUCAGCUGGCAGCAAUGCAAGUUUCCCCAGGGGCCAAGCAGCAUGGAGGCAGCCUGCCGCCCCAAACCAACCUGGGCACACACUCCCCACCUAGCAACACACACAUACAGACUGACAAGUGCCGCAGCUCCCCACCACCAAGCAAGACCAAGGACAGUGAGAGUGCACAGCCACUGAACCUGUCGGCCAAGCCUAAGGCAUCCGAGAGCAAGUCACCCAACUCCCCCCCAACUUCCCCACAGGUCCCUGUUGCUGCUGCUGCUGCCAAGCUGGGCCCCACCGGCUCUAUGAAGCACAGCGCCACCCCCUCCAGCAUUGGAGGACCACCAUCCAGAGUCAGCUCAAUAGCAGACUUGUUGUCGUCGCUGUCUUCGACAGCCUACCUGAAUGACCACGAGGCAGUGACCAAGGCCUUCGCCGAGGCCCAGCAGAUGAAGGAGCAGCUGAAAAGAGAGCAGCAGGUCCUUGAUGCCAAGGUGGCUGCUGUCAGCAACCUUGGUCUCAACAAUGGACGCUCGGAUAAGGACAAGGCUGCCUUGGAGAGUCUGAGUCAACAGCUGAAGCAGCAGUCGGAGGACAAGUUCGGCCAUGCCAUGCUGGAUUUCACCAUGAGCGGAGACUCUGACGGCUCCCCCAGUGUGUCAGACUCCAGAAUAUUUCGGGAGUCCCGGGGUCGUGGCAGCAAUGAGCCUCACAUCAAACGCCCAAUGAAUGCCUUCAUGGUUUGGGCAAAGGAUGAGAGGAGAAAGAUUCUCCAGGCCUUCCCCGACAUGCACAACUCCAACAUCAGCAAGAUCCUCGGCUCACGCUGGAAAGCAAUGACCAACCUGGAGAAGCAGCCCUACUAUGAGGAGCAGGCUCGCCUCAGCAAGCAGCAUCUGGAAAAAUACCCAGACUACAAGUACAAGCCACGGCCCAAACGUACCUGUCUAGUCGAUGGCAAGAAGCUGCGUAUCGGCGAGUACAAGGCCAUCAUGAGGUCCCGCAGACAGGAAAUGAGGCAAUAUUUCAGUGUGGGGCAGCAGGGCCAGCUGCCCUUGUCCUCAGCAGGCAUGGUGUACCCAGGUGCCCUGUCCAUGACUGGAAUGCCCUCACCCCAGAUGCCCUCAGAGCAUUCAAGCAUGUCGAGCAGCCCCGAGCCCAACUCCAACCACCACCAGAACCCACAUAUGCCUGGCUUGAAGAGGGAUGAGCCACAUAUCAAGGAGGAGGAGCUACGGCUGGAUGACAGCAACGGCGACGUGUAUGAUGACUUUGACUAUGAGGACGAAGAGGCUGAUUACACCAGCGAUAACGAUAACCAUAUCACACAAUAGGAUGGCAUGAGAGCUGCCUACUUUUAAACAAAUCACAGCUGGUUAACCCCACAAAAUCCCAAUCCCACCAAUCAGGAAAAAAAAAAUU